AUGGCAGACUCGAAAAAUGUAUUGCCCCAGGAGGGUACCACCGAAGGUGGAGAAUCCCUCACCGGACCCAAUCCGGUCUGUCCCACGUACUCUGGGGGGGACAAAGAAUGCCACAAGCCAGGAUCAAGCCUGGACUUAACAUGCCUAGCAGAGGCGAUCCCAUCCACCGCGCCGGUCGACACCCUGUCGCCCUGGAACGUGGUGAUGCACAAGCGGCCCAAGAAGGGCGAUAAGCAGAAGCAGCAGGAGCAGCAACAACAACAACAGCAACGACAGGCAGGCAAACCGGCUCGCGUUCGUCCCAGCAGGCGAGCGAGACAGAAAGCCCGCCAGUCGCUAAACUCAAGAACACCCCACGUGGCGGAAACGCAGCGUGAGAAUCUGCCGUCCACCUCCAAGGUGUUGACCGAUUCGCAGGGCACCACGAAUCAUAAUCCUCCACCCCCACCACCGCCACCACCACCACCACCACCACCACCAUCAUCACUACCUCCUCCUCCCCCACCCCCACCUACGUUACCCAGUCAGGCGAAGGGUAAGGCUCCGGGAGGUUAUCACGGUCGGCGGACUGCAGCGACGGCAACCCCUGCGCUUGAAAAGGCGCAACCUGGGAAGUGUGAACGCGCUUCAGCGAAGCGCGCCCGCCUGGACGAAACCAGGUCCCCCAGGGGGGAAGCCAAGCGUGCAAAAACCGACGUGAGGCCAAAGCGGACGAUGAGCUACGCGGAUGCGAGUCAAUCGCAUCUGCAGAUAGCGGUGACCACCGUCCCGCCGAGGGACCUCACUAUGAGCCAAGCGGAGCGGAUCCGUAUUGCUAUCGAUGAUAGAAUCACGGAUACUGCUCUAACCCCAGGCAUGCGUGCUCCGUCUUUGCGCGGUCGUCCCUAUCUUUAUGAGGGGGCUUUCGCGUUUUGGUGCGAGGAUGCAAGGUCCCGCGAAUGGCUGGAGAACCAGGUGAAAUCCAUUCCCUCACCUAUCCCGGACACAACCCUGACAGUUGUAAAGCUGUCAGAAGUAAGGAGGAGGCUGAGAGCGGGACUCCUCCUACACAGCCACAUUACCGACCCGGUGACGCUGCAAAAGGUCAUCAGCAACCAAAACCCUUGGUACAAGGUGGACACCUGGCAGUGCAUCAGCGCCUCGGUGACAGAGGGAGCAGAAGUAGCGGAGGAAGGUCCGUCAUCUAGGUACAAAGCUGUGUACCUGGUCCUGGGGAUCCCUGAGGACCAAAAACAGACCAUCCUCGACAGAGACCGUCGGGUAUCACACCUGUCUGGUGGUGGCUACAUCAGAUUCUUCAGUAGCAAGGAGGAAGAAUCGGAGGCCACCACCACAACCACAGCAGCGACGAAGGAGUCGUCGACCCCAGAGCCUUCCACCUCAGCUCCCCAUCAGGGUCAGAGCGAGUUGGAGACAGCCUCGCCACUAAAGACGGAAGGAGGGACCAGUGAAGACGAAGAUGGCCUCCUUAACAGUCCUUAA